CGGGUAUAGUAGAGAGCGCCGCCGUCCGUCCAAGAAGAAGGAGCUUCGAGACCCCCACCAGGUGGAGAACAGGUGAUAUAAAUCCAAGCACGUCGCCGCAACCUGGGUUUGUUGCGUGCUUGACUUUUGCCUUCGUCCACAUCCACCUUCCCCCCAAACGCAAGGACAGAAGAAAAGGGACAAAAGGAUUUCACAAGAACGCUUCGAAGUGGGUGACGUCCCGGAAGGAAGUUAAAGAAACGUCCAGUGCGAAUUUGGAACUUUGAACUUUGCAACAUUGAAUACAGCAUCACAAAGAAGAUGACGAACGUCGUCCGGUUCCUGGUGGACCAAUACCAUGAUCUGAUGGACAACAAGAGCGAUCCCAGGGUGAACAACUGGCUGUUGAUGAGCUCGCCCUUCCCGACGCUCGCGAUAUGCCUUUCAUAUGCGUACAUCGUGAAGCGCUUGGGGCCACGGCUCAUGGAAAACCGAAAACCUUUCGAGUUGAAGAAGACCCUCAUCGUUUACAACCUGUUCCAGGUGGUCUUCAGCACUUGGCUUUUCUAUCUGAGCUGCGUGUCUGGCUGGUUAACGCACUACAGCUACAGAUGCCAACCAGUCGAUUAUUCAACAUCACCUUUGGCAAUGCAGAUGGCGAAUGGAUGUUGGUGGUAUUACAUCUCUAAAUUCACAGAGUUUCUAGAUACGUUUUUCUUCGUUUUGAGGAAAAAGAAUAAAAACAUUUCGACCCUGCACGUUAUCCAUCACGGGGUGAUGCCUAUGUCCGUCUGGUUCGGUGUAAAGUUCACCCCCGGCGGUCAUUCAUCAUUCUUCGGAUUCUUGAACACAUUCGUGCACAUCAUCAUGUACUCGUAUUACCUGAUCGCUGCCCUUGGACCGCAGUAUCAGAAGUACCUCUGGUGGAAGAAGUACCUGACCACCAUCCAAAUGAUCCAGUUCGUAGCUGUCAUGGUACACGCCUUCCAGCUGCUCUUCAUCGACUGCAGCUACCCGAAGGCCUUCGUCUGGUGGAUCGGCAUGCAUUCAGUCAUGUUCUACUUCCUCUUCAGCAACUUCUACAAAGAGACCUACGUCAAGCAAAAGAAAGCAGAUGCUCUGAAUAAGCAAAACGGAGUGAAGAAAGGCGUUGGUAUUUGCUUCCCAUUGCAGACCGAUCUAUACGAGAAGGCAGAAAGCAACGACACCAUCGCCAAGAGCUACACGUCAUCCAACAACGACCUCAGAAACCGAGCAUUCAUAGACAAGAAAUGAUGACGCGACAUUUUCGCUCCACAAGAACGUCUCUUUAAAUUGCCAAUUUUAUUAUUAAUAAUGUUAAUGUUAAUUAUUAGAAUACAUAAUUAUUUUUGUAUA